AUGUGAACGGGGUUCUCCCAAAGAGUUUUUUAAAAACAGUAAAGCUCAGCAGAAAACAUUUAAGCCACCCCUGAACUUUUAGCUUUUUUCAUUUAUGGUACAAAUUUUAUUUAGUAUAGCCUGAAUGAGUUUUUCUAAAUUGGCACCCCAAUUGAAUUCACAAUUGAAUUGCGUUAAUAUGUACAAAAAAUACCGUUGAAAUUAAUAUAAUUUACCCCCGAAUAGAAUUUUUCUGGGGGAUUAAUUGAUGCCAUUUCAGUUUGUUUUGCUUCACGUGUAUGUCUGCAUCACACCCCUGAGACAACAUCAGGUUGUACAUGGGGAUUAGAGUUUGUCUGCCAGAGUCUGCGCACAUGUCAUGUAAAUCCUCCGGCCGUCAGUCUGGUGUCUUCUGGCUGCUCUGACGGGACUCGGGUUUCAGUCGGAGGAGUUAAUCAACACACCCGGUUAAUAAUUCAGCAGCGAUGGCCGAGCUUGUUGCCGAAAUCCCCUCUGCGUUUCACAGCCUGAGCUUCGCACCUACCUCUGCGCCCUUUACCGGAGUCCUUAAUUACGCAGCUUUCAGGGCAGGUGUAGAGUUGCAGGCAGACGCGGAGGUGAAGAGGCUGCGGCCUCUGAGAGUAGAGUGGCAUGUAAGAGGAGGGAGCGUCACCUCGGCCUGAUGAUGGGCGCAGGUUGAACUUUGAUGGAUGGACGACAAGCUGGUUCAAUGCGUUUUUGUGUGAACACUGAGUCUGUGCAGUUAGACCAGUAUGACGCCUGUUCUUAACCCGGCUCUUCUGCCUCAGCUGAACAGCUCUGUCUCAUCUACAGGAUAAAACCAAGCGGAAUAUAUUUGUUACUAUCUGGAUUGGUUGCCUGCUUGCGUCUGACUCAGGAGACUUACAAUGCGGUCGACACCAGCUGCGUACAUGGUGUGCAUCCUGUUUGGGAUCAUAUGUGAUGCCAAGCAAGUGCAUUCUCAACCCAAAGUAAUACAAAGACAGACUGACCAGGAUCCUGAGGAGGCCACCAAAUUAGAGGAAGACAUCCAGAAAGUUAUUAACCAGAUCCACUCUUUGUCCGGUGAAAAUGAAAACACACGCAGCUUCAUCUUCUCUCCCACAGAGGAGACGUUUUCAUUAGAUGCAUACUAUAGUGUACUGAGUAACCUGUACGCUCUCUUCCAACCGCUGCUGAGAGAGAGAUUCUUAGAUGACCUUCCCAAAAUUUUAGUCUGUAUUUUGUCUGGGAAGCAGGACUGUGGCCUUGAGGCAGAGUUAACAAAGACUGUGUCCCUGGAGUUAGGGAAGCCACUGCUGAUGUUUGUGUCGUCUCUGAGAUCCCAGACAUGCUCUCCUCUGAACAGCAAUGCCGAGUCAUUCAGCUUCUCCGGGGCCUACCUCAGGAUGGAGGAGUCAGUGGCGACAGCACUAAAUGGUCUUCAGCAAACCUUUAUAAAUAUACUGUCAAGUAUCCCUCUUUCUGGGACUCUGAUGAGCUCUGUGAGCGGCUUCAUGGAUGCAGCUGUGACAAAUGUCUCAAAGUUCAUGGCAAUGUUACUCCAAGUACCAAUGGACUACAUCAAAAUAGCUUUACAGUUUGGAAUAAGAAUACCAUCUUUAGACGGACAAGAGACCUGUAAGCAAGGAGAUCUCAAGCAGCUCAUUAUGUGGGGGAUGAACCACAAUGUGAGCUGGUCCUUCACUGACUCCAUCACUGACAUCCUCCUGGACAUCUUCCUGCCUCCACAGCAGUCUCUGUGCACAUAUCCAGGGCCAGAGUGCCGGAGUCCUCUCAGGGUCCCCUUCCAGCGCAGCGUCUCAGAGGCAAUAGAAAACAGCCACGACAUCCUUCUCAAGUGUGAUCGCCACAAUCUGGCCAGGCUCAAUGACACACUGUGCGCUGACAUCCUCACGGGUUCAAGAGUGGGGUCGUCUACAUCUGUGCUCACCUUUUGCCAGGCGCUAAACUCCCUCCGCCCUAACCAGAUAGAGCAGGUGUGGAGCACCACGUGUUAUAUUAUUCAGGCACUGGUGUCUCCACUCCUCAGCAGGUCACCUGACUGCAGUGUUGGGGACACGCAGCCCUCCCCUGCCGUCACCCCUCCCUCUAAGACUCUUUCCCUCCCUCAAUUUACGCCUCAUCGAGUAGCUAGAGAAGCCCCCAACCUCAAACUGCUCGCCUGUAACUACAACAGCUGGUUGGAAAACAAGAUGGUGGAUGCCGUCCUUGUGACACUCUGCAGUGAUAAUGAGCGUGAGGAGUUUGUGAAGCAGGUGUGUAACAAUGCCUUGUUGAUGAGGAAGUUGCUCUCAGACCGGAUGAACAGCUGGCUGUAUGCAUACUGUUCCAACUCCUCUGCAGACCUUGGGUACAUGGUGAGUCAUUUCUGCACCUAUGAGCAGUGGAUUGACCAGCCCACAAUGCCGGUGGACCCCCUCUUACUGGAGUUCUGCAUGAGCCUGGACAGUUCCAGACUUACCAAACUAAUCUGUGAGCACACCGGAUUCUUCAUGCUUUUAUUCUCCAACCCUGACAAUUUCCAGUUCAUGCCAAACUGCACAAACGUCCCUCCUCCCCUACCACUCCCUAACCCAGAUUCCUUAAUGUUAGAGUCUUGUCAGUACUCCGAGUGGCAUGAUCUGAUGCAAAUCGCCCCAGAUGUUUUGUUACAAUGCAUCCGCCUUGAUCAGAGUGGUUUCGCUAAAGAGGUUUGCUCUAACAAAACUUUUCUAAACAGCCUGCUGAGUAAUCAGGAAAACGCUUGGCUCGAGAAUCACUGCGAAACAUCCCUUACCAUUCCAAUCCCUGAGCCAACCCUGCCCUUCAACAUCGCAGACUGGUGUGACUACCACACGUGGGGAGAACGGCAGGUGGACGAUUCGGUGGUUGGCUUCUGUUGGCACAAUGAUCAGCUGGCUUUUCAGAAGAACGUCUGCUGCAAGGCGCCUGUGUUUGAAAAGCUGUUAGAAAACCCUCAGAACAAAUGGCUGGUUUCAGUCUGCACAGACAUAGAGGACAUAAAGGUGUUACCACAGGUGUGCAAGUACUCUGAGUGGACCCGUCCCAUCAUCGUGGACAUGACUGAACUAGCUCUCUGCGCUGAGAGUGACCCGUCCAACUUCACCUCCAAAGUCUGCAACAAUGAUACCAUCCUCCAGAACUUGUUGACCAAUCAGGACAACACCUGGUUGAUACAGCACUGUGCUAACCAUUCAAAUACUGGGGUGUCUCCUGAUGGUGGUGUGGGACAAGGAGGUGACCUGAGUGGAUUCGACCCUGCUGAGCAGUGCCAGUACUCCAGCUGGAGUGUAUCUCUUCCAGAUGCAGCCCUCCUGACUCUCUGCUGGGAGCACGAUCAGGCCAAUUUUGUCUCCUCUAUAUGCCAUAACACAAUUCUUCUUUUUUUGCUGUCCCGGGAGCCGUCCAGUGUUUGGGUGAGCAGCAUAUGUACCGCCUACACCAACUACACCACUACCAAGAACAGCACCACUGCAGUUAACUCUUGUCUGGCCAGAAACCUGGUGAAGCGAUUCAACUGGACCUGCUCAGCCGACUUCACCUCAGCCUGCCAGCCCGGGGCCAGUCCCAGUAUGGCCCUGCAGAUGAUAGUGCGCUGCUGGGUGGAGAGUCUGAGGUCCAGGGUGGAGGAUCUGCUGACUCCACGUGUGGCUACAGUGCUGGAGCAGGCAGUCAGCACUACUGUAGUGGUCCUAUUGGCUCUUGAGGAGGUCCAGAACACCUCGCUGCAUGUCACAGAAAACAUAAGACUCAGUGUGUUAGCGUCUGUAGUUCGCUAUCUCGAGAGGGAAAACAACUUUGACAAAAAGAGGGUCUUGCUGCAGUGCUUCGGGACAGUACUAACCAGCUUGAUGCAGACGGCAAGAGAUGUGACCAGUGAUGGAGUCUUUGUCAUUAACGAGUACUUCACUAUACCGCUGAGCCGCCUGAGGUCAGUGCUCAGUACAGCUCACAUCUCCACCGUCAGACUGAUCCUUCAGUACUACAGCAGAAACAAGGGGAGACUGCAGUUGCCAGAUAAGUACCUGUCCACGAUGGUGUCAGUGCUGCUCCAGACCCACGUGGUAAAAGAUGGUAGUCUCUUCCCUGAGCUGGCUCCCCUGCUGGCCUCAGCUAGCCCAGCUGACAUCCAAUCUUUGCCCUCACUGCAGAACAACAUCAUUGUCAGGGAGACCAUUAACAGAAACUUGGAGCACAUGACUCUGGACCAGCGGGAGGCAUUUGGCUUGUGGUACAGCAAAGUGAUGUCUCCAUCCAACAUCAGCAGAGGUCAUCAGUCACUCAUCAGGGACACUGGAAACCUGAUCACCUACCUGCCCUUCCGCAACUUCCAACACCUCUCAUCUGCUCAGCUGUUGGACGGGCUGGAUGUGUUGCAGAGAAACAACCUCACUUCUCUAAAGCAGGAAUUCAUCGCUCGCAGCCUCAUCAGCACCUUCACAAACCUGACAGCUCAGGAUUUUACCAGGCUGGGUAAACUCUCAUGCCUGGCAGACCCAAAGGACCUCCUUGUGUACAAAGGCACUGAGGCUUCCAGUGUCAUCCAGGACAUCGUUAUGAACUGCACACGUGAGGGACUCAACCUGUCCAACCAUCUGAUUUCCAGUUUGUUACUGAACAGCACAGAAUUGAAGGCCCCCUCCUCGCUCAGUCCUGCUCAGCUGGCAGAGCUCCCACACCUCCUGCCCUUGCUGGGUGUGACUUUCCUGCAGGGCCUCACACCAUCACAGCUGCAUGCUGUCCUCCCUGCCCUCGACUCUGUUUCCUUCAGCCCUGCACAGGCUUCUGUAAUUGUAGACAAACUGUCUUCGACUACCACACUGACCGCUCCAGGCCAGCUGCAGGAGCUCGGCUCCCUCAUCAUGGGAAUGAAGACAGAGACCUUGUUGACCCUCACCUCUGACAGGCUGCUGUCAUCUCUGCCCGCCAUGGCCCAGCACACACCAGGCCUCAGCCCACCACAAGCCAACGCUAUCGCCACCAAACUAUGGGGCUUCCCAGAAGUGGUUAGUUGGUUGGAUGAUGUGGAGCCUUUGCUCUAUUGCACGCCUCUGCUCAGUGUCCUGGCCAGGACCCGUCUGCUUGUGAACAACAGCAUCAAUCUAUCCACAAAACCCUGGAAUACACAGCAGGCCAAAGCAAUUUUCAGAGAGGUGCUUGAUAAUAAACCAAACAUGGUCAAACAACAUUUUCUGAGUCUGGGAACACUGGGUCAAGGUGUGAACUGCAAGGUCUUAAAGGAACGGUUUCAGGCUGAUUCGUCACCGUCCGCAGUCAUAAGAAUCCUGGCCGUCCUCAGACAGCAGCCUGGUCCUCUUCACACCUCACUGAAAAAGUGUGUGAUUGAGGAGCUGUAUCAGCUGGAGUUCUUCUCUGAGCUGCUUAAAAAUCUUGGCGCUGAGAUUGCCCUGUCCAUGCCUGUGAGCACUAUUAAGAAGUUUCCUGCAGAUAUGAUGGACACUCUGAGGAAGAUGAUUAUUCAGGACCCUCGUCACUUUCUCUUGCUGGCUAGAACAAAACAGGAGCUGCUGGUGGACAAAGUGGUGCAGGGGAUGGGCAUGUACACAGGGGUGUUCACUGAGGAGGAGUUUCGUUCACUGGGCGUUAUGGCACCGUUUGUGGGGGAUGAGGUUUUCAUUCAGGUGGACCGCAGCUUCUUCAUUGACAACCUUUAUUUUCUUCUGGGGCUCUGCUACACCAGGAGCAAGAUGGACAUAGUGGCUCGUAUCCUGCAAGACCCUGCCGCCUUUGGCUCGGUCAAGAACUGGAACCAGACAACACUCAGUCAGGUGGACCGCUUUCUCUUCUUCCUGCCUGAGAGCAGUCUGCAGGAGAUUUCCAUGGCGUUGAUGACCGUGGGGAAUAUAGAGAAACUGUUCAUGAACCAGCGUCAGUGGGAACGUGGCGAUGUGGGGAGCCACUGUUUGAACGAGAACGAGAGGAUGGAAUUUUUUCAAAAGCAGCAGUUUGUCCUUCAGUUUUUCCUGGGCUUCCUCAAAAUAAAUCCUCUGUCACCGACUCCUAUGGUUCCUUCCUGUGAGAUUCUACAUACAAUAGCUCCCGCUGCCUGGACCUCCAGCAGUCUGACGAGCAUGUCUCCAUCCGCUUUCUCCAACUGUCUGGAGCUAAUGGGUCAUGACCCGUUUCUUGCAUCCUACCAACGCAACCAGGUGCUCAAGAAGGUCAAACAGAUAUACGGCCCCGUUUCCUCCUUCUCCCAGUCUGUGAUCUCUCAGCUGGGUGGAAUAGCGAUAGAACUGACAGUAGAGGAGCUGAGUAGCCUCCGAUUGACUGAGCGGAGGAGCAUCGCUGCUCUGGGUGCUGUCAGCAAUUGGAGCAACAGACAGCUGGCUGCACUCUUUACCACCGUGUUAAACUCCACCAAACAGAGUCCGAGCCAGCUUGACUCCAGCACACUGGUGGCCAUGGGGUAUAUUGUGUGCGGAGCUAAAACCGCAGAGAUUAACUCUUUCAAUGCCGUAGAAUUCAGUAAGGCGGUGCUCUGGCUGGGUCAGCUGACACUGCCCUGCUCAGAGGAGCAGCUGGAGGCGCUUGUUGGGCUGCUGACCCACAGCCUUGCUUUUGGACCCAUAAGCUCAUGGGGAACUGAUGUCUUCAUUGAGAUCGGGGUUCUAGCAGCUGGUCUCCCAGACUUCCCCAUGUCAGCUUUGGUGAAAGAGCAAAUCGAAGGAAUCACACCUAUGGCUAUUUCAAUAAUACCACCUGCACGGUUUUAUGUGGCAUUAAACCACAGACAGAUCAGCAUGUUCUCCUAUGAGCAGGCGACUGCAGUAACAAAUGAGCAGCUGUCUGUUCUGUCAGAUGUUCAGAGGACAGCCCUGGCUAUGGUGCUGACACCCUGGGAGAACAGGCCUGUAGACUUCAGAGGGAAGUCACUGGGGCUGGCGCUGAGCCACAGUCCUGUGUGUCUCAUACUGGGACUGCUGAUGCUGCUGAUUGUCCUGCCCUGCCAUGACCUGAUCUGCCCUGGCACAUGACCCCACUCACCCCUGCUGGAUCAGGAGACACCUCCUUGGCCACAGAACCAAGAUGAUCUCAUUGAUCUGUGCAAUAACAUACCUCUUUGAAAUAGGCAGCACUUCAGGAUUUCUAUACUGUGUCCAGGAAGACUUUUGUGCAGUUAUCACUUUAACAUUUUAACAUUGAGCACAAAACAAACCAAAUUAAAGGUUUAAUUCAAAGAAAAAAAACAUUUUCACAGUAUAAACAAUAAAUCCAUCAAGUCUUACCAACAUCCAUAGGAUUAUUUUAAUUAUUUAUUUAUUUAUAUUUUGAUAAACCUGUAUGAACCCUACUGUCCUGAUGUAUCCUUCUCAGGGAUGUGACGCCAUACCCAGAAAAGCAACCCAAACACUUAAAAAUAUUAAACAGUUAUUAUAAAGUCAUUAUUAACUAAUCAAAGUUGUCUUGCAAACCUACAAAGUUAUAUAUAUUUUUGUGAAAUUAUAUAAUAUUUUGGUCAGAGUAAGAGCAUUAAUCUUUGCUACAUUUAUAUAUCGAUUGUCAGUUGAUUACAUAAUACCCAAUAAGACCUGAUUUAUUAGUAUUGGUCAACUUCAGUCUAUUUUGCUGUGAGUUUUGUAUUGUUGUGCACACUUUCUGGUGUGAUAAAUAUAGACCUAAAUUAUUAAAGUGAAGCACUCUCA